CAUAACCAAAAUUUACUGCAUUUGAUUUUUUUCGUUUUCCAUAACCAUUUUUUGAAAAGUAUUUUUUCAAAAAAUGUUUGCGCUAAAAAGAAGCACCAUUCGGUGUCAUUAUUUAAGCCGAUCACUUGAAACAAAUCAAUUUUUAUCCGCACAACCUCAAACAAAAUCAAAUUCCGAUGAAUACACCGACAAACCUGAAUAUCCCGAAAUCUUGGAACUCAGUCGGGAAGCACGCAUGAAACGUGAAAAACAAUCAUGGCAUGAACAAAUUAAAGCUGUCCCAACAAUCGAAGAGAAAUUGAUAAAAAUUAAUAUGCCAAGAUAUUAUGGAUUCAAGACAAUUAUGUUGAAUUCUGAAGAGAAUCCUUAUAAUUGUCUUCCACUUAAUCAACAUUAUACAAGGACAGUUUUCGAGGGUUAUGAAAAGUUACCAAAUACAGCGACAAAUAAAGAUGAAGCUAGUAAAACUCAAAUGGAAUCAUUUGUCAAAUCAGUUUCGGCAAAUAUUCAAGAUGCAAUUGAGUAUUCCAACGAAUUCUUCAAGGAAAGGUAUGGUUAUGAUAGCUCAUUGUCUGCCCAACAAAAAGACAAGCUUUUAGGACAGAUUAUAGUCGAGAAUCUUAACAGAACCCUCAUCAACUCGUUAAGCGCCGAUGCUGCUCAUUUGUCUGAAAUCGAAAUUGAUUUAAAUCCUAGACAUGAAGCAUUCUGGUCGGUUGGAGGUGUGAAUCCUUCAAAAGACGUUGUUAAAAGUAGAAAGGGUCGUGAUUGGCAAAAGGAUACUGUUGAUAUGCCAGUGGAUCGGCUGGUCCAGUACACUGGUGAACCUUAUCUUGCGAUUCGACACAGUCUACCUUUGGCGCCUAUCAAGUCGAUUGAAGAGAGUACUUCGGAGGAGCUUGCCAAGAAGGUACCUCUUUACAAAUUCGAUGCCCGGACUUUGGGAUAUAAGACCGACUAUCGACAUGCUACAAAUAUUCCUGGUCAUUGGCCAGGUAGCUCGAGUGGAUUCGGUUUGAUCUCCUUCCAUCCAAGGGAUCACCUUCUCGCAAGGAAUCCAAACUAUGGUCCUCAAGAUUUUGAAGAAGUCCUCCAUGCACAAGGCAUUCAAUCAAGCUUUGGAUGGCUUUUGGCUCAAGCAAACUACAAUGGAUUCAAUACCUACAAUGACUUGACAUAUCCCAUGACCACGCAAACAGUCAUUACAAAUGGAAAACAAUGGUCCUUCUAUCGCUACCAAUUGAACACGACACUCAUCCACUCGGAUCAUGUUCACGAUAAUCCAAAAGUGAACUUUUGUUGGGGGAGCAAGGAAGCCAACUUAUUCGCCGAAAUUGAUUCUACUGGCAAAUGUCUAGGAUUCAACGAUGACGUUGCUAGAAAUCUAAUUGAAUUGUAUCUUAAUGCUCCAGUUGAACAACAAACCCAAUUGCAACCUUAUCUUUCGAAGGAAGAACAAAAGAUAGCUGACAUUGAUGAUCAAGAUAGACGAGAAUUCUUGGAACAUAUUUUCAAACAUUUAACAUCAAAUCGACCACGUCAUUUGGAAAUUCCAGAAAUUUAUUUGUGGGAAAGGAUCUAUAAGAUUGACAAUAAGACAAGACGAAUGGAACCUAAACGGAGAUUCUUUGAAUUGGAUAUUAAUCCAUGGAGAAGGACUUUAGAUCAACAUGCUAAAGAGUAUAUUCCAAAGGCGGUGCGUCCAGGUGGACCAAAGAGUAAACCAAGAUUUAAGAAAACUUAUUAUCCAUAAGUUGUUUGUUAGGUUUUUUUUAGAAAAAUAAAUAAAAUUUGAAAAGUU